AUGGCUGCCAAUACCAAGGGCAAGGUGUCCCAGCCUGCUACGAGGCACAGCGCCUUCCACGACUUGGACGACGACGAUGACGACAAUGACGCCGCUCGCUCCACCCAUCGCUCAUCUGGCCGUCAAGAGGAGAUCAUUUCCUUUGGCCGCAACGGCGCUCAGAAGCGCACAUCGUCUCCUCCCCGCUCCGCACCACCCCGCGUCAUCCCAGUCGCGUCCAAUCUCGAUUGGCGCCAAGACCGCAAGCAGCGCAUGGGCAUCGCCACCAACUUGAAGUCACUCGGUCCUCUCGUCUCCAUGAGACGCGCAGACUCGUCCGUCGUAUCCGAUCCCUCCCAACACCAUGGCACCGACAACGCUGCAGACGCCAUCAACGCCGAUGCUCAGAAGAGCGGCUUGGAAAUCCGCCAGCCAAGGACUCAGCAGGCCGUCGAAUCGCAUCCAGCUCCCAGCAAUUCCGAGGAAACACCUGCGCCCGCACCAGAUGCAUCCGUUCAAGGCACCGACGAGGAGGCAAUCAAAGCUCUUCUGGCGGGCGAUGACGGCGCAGCAGAAGUCGGAGCUCAUCUUGUCAUCCCACAGGAGGAUGAAGCCGAGUUCCUCCAGCACGACAUCGAAUCCAGACCAGAAGCGCCUUCGCUCGACGACUAUGCAGCCACUCCCAUCGAGCAAUUCGGCAUGGCUCUGCUUCGCGGCAUGGGAUGGAAGGAAGGCAUGGGAGCAGGAAAAGGUGGCAAGGGACCUCAGCAAGCCGCCGAGCCCAAGAAACGAGCCGCCUUGCUCGGCCUUGGCGCAAAGGAGAGGGCCGUCCCCGCCACAGGUUUGCCUUCCUCAUCCUCGUCCCACAAGAACCGAGCUUCUGGUAAACGCGACUACAAGUACGUCCCCAUUACAAGAGCCGACAGUCCGGCCACUUCAAACACGGGUCCUCGAUCGCGCCACGCCAGCCGCGACGACGACAAGCCUCGCAGCCACACAUCAUCGCAUCGCGACGAGCGCAGAUCAGACACGUCCGAUCGCCAUGCGGCUUCGCGCGAUGGUACCAGGCAUACCGACUCACGCUCGUCUCGAAGACGCUCUCGCAGUCCAACGGCACGAAGGGAAGAUCGGCACCGGGGAAAGGCAAGGGGGGAAGACGACGCUGCCAGGCGCUUCCAUGCUGCUUCGAGCUCCAGUCGUGAGCACAGGCGUGACCGCGAUCGAGACGACAGGGACAGGCACGACAAACAUCGCGACGACCGACAUCGAGAUCGUCGUCGCUGA